AUGGUACUUCAGAUGGAGCAGCAACGCGCGCCGGAGCUGGCAUUGGCCUGCAUGGAUGAUUGCAAACCCGUUGCAUGUGUGAAUGUCUCUGCUACUUCCGAAUUAGGCUUGACGUGGCCGGACCCAAGUCUGGAAACGAUUAAGACCAAGCUUACGACACCAAGAGAUUUCAAUCUUCAGCUGGAGACUUAUCCCAACGUUAUCCAGACCAACAAACCUACUAUCGACGAACUAUCACAGCUCGUCUGGGGCAGCUACGUUCCCAAGAUGAAGUGUAACUCUAUGUUAUCCGUGUCACCACCCUUUAUGAAAGAACUGCAGUAUGAUUCCAGAUUUCAAUCAGACGGCUGGGUUCAUGAAGCACCGCAAAAUAUGUAUGAGCUGUCGGCACAUCCUCCAAAUAUAAUGGGUCCGUUUACCGGAGAAACAAGUCCAGUGACUCCUUACAUGACCGUACAAGCUCAGCAACAUUUUCAAGCCCAGCAGCAUCAGAGGCAUCUAUAUCAGCAGCAGGAUCAUGGCCUCUCAUUACACAUGUCCACCAUUCACGGUUCCAGCGUAUCUUCGCUCUACAUGCCUGGAUCUCCACUGACAAAUAGCUCACAUCAGAUGAUGGUGCAGCAUCCUUUUCAUAAUUUUCAAGUCAGUCCUGGCCUUGUUACAACCAUAACACCAGCAGUGAACCUCAGUGACAUCAUGUCACUAGGCGAUCUAAACAUGUUUCUAGCGCCAAGCGGAAACCCGAUCGACUUGAUCAAGCAGCACAUAAUGCCUCCCAGGCUGCUUGCCGGAGUGAUAAACGUGAAGGAUCUGACGCUUAACGAGUUGCGCCCGCACUUUAAUAAGCCAAUGACAGUCGUCGCGAAGGAACUGGGUGUAUGUAUUACGCUGAUGAAGAAGAUCUGUCGUCGCAAUGGACUCGUGCGUUGGCCGCAUCGACGAAUUCGCAGUCUUGUCAAUCGCAUAACAUCGCUGCAAGUUUUAGAAAGUAAAGCUGAUGGUGCUGAACGUAAGCGCUUUCAAGGGCAAAUUACCGGACUUCGUGAAGAGUUAUCAGCAGUAAUUCAAAAUCCUAAUGAAAAGAGUCGCAAGGCUCAGAUUAGCAUCCACAAGAUCCCCGCAAAUGCAGAUCAGAGUGUGUCGCAGGCAAUUAAACAGGAGUAUGCUGUUGCUGAAACUGUAUUCGACAUGGUUGGCAUAACAGAUAAUGGAGAUGACGCCAAAAGGUGGAUGAGAAAAAUGACCAACGUUGCGAUGAAGGCGGAUUCAAAGGAAGAGUUCGACGUUACAGGCAGAGCUCUUAUACAAAAACCGACGCGAGGCGCAGAAACCUGUACAAAGAAGCGCAAACCGUCGUUAAAUCUCCACAUCUACCAACCUCCUUCGAUUAAGAUACCUCGACACGAUGAGUUGCCGUCCAUGUACCGCUUACGCAGCCAUAGCGUGCCAGAGAGGAAGCUGCGUGGAGGUCAGCGAUCUGGUUGGGGUCGAGACACAGCAGACAGCACCAGCUUUUUGUGUGCGCGGCCAUCCACCACAACCCACCGCAGUGGUCGACGCGGCUCUAUUUCGUCAAUUUUGAACGACAUACUUGAGUGA